CCGGCAGCGCACCUUGAGCGCACGAGGGAUGGAUGAACUUUAAAUCUCACAACUUUCGCUGCGCCCCUGUCUCCCUGCCUGUCGGUCUCCCCCCAACACACACACCCCAAUCUCCCUCUGCCGCUGCUCGCUGCUCCACUUGCGACAACCUCGAUGAAGACCAUGGAUUUACUGCAAUCGGGGCCGUGAAUAAUCAGCUCUUUCGCCUCCUUUCUUUCUUGUUUUCUUUCCCAGCGGAUGCUCAUUAGCGUCGUGAGUCGAGAUGAUGGCAUCAAUAGGGGAAUUCGAUCCUCUUAACACCAGAGUCCCCGCAACUAAAAUAGAAGUUACCGUGUCGUGCAGGAGCCUACUGGAUGUGGAUACAUUCUCCAAGUCAGAUCCUGUGGUCGUAUUGUAUUUGCAGGCUGUGGGAACCAAAGAAUGGAGAGAGUUUGGCCGGACAGAGGUAAUCGAUAACACUAGGAAUCCAGACUUUGUCAGGAAAUUUGUCCUGGAUUUCUUCUUUGAAGAGAAACAGAAUCUAAGGUUUGAUGUAUACAAUGUUGACUCUAGAAGCUGCAAUAUAUCCAAACAUAAGGACUUUCUAGGACAGACCUUUUGCACACUUGGAGAGAUCAUCGGGUCCUCAGGAGGACGCAUGGAGAGAACCUUAUCUGGGAUUCCUGGGAAGAAAUGUGGAGUCAUUAUCUUGACUGCAGAGGAGCUCAGUAACUGCAGGGAUAUCGCUACCAUGCAGCUGUGUGCCAACAAGCUGGAUAAGAAAGACUUCUUUGGAAAGUCUGACCCCUUCCUGGUUUUCUACCGCAGUAACGAGGAUGGAACGUUCACCAUCUGCCACAAGACAGAAGUGAUCAAGAAUACACUGAACCCAGUGUGGCAGUCCUUCACCAUCCCUGUUAGAGCUCUCUGCAACGGCGACUAUGACAGGACUGUGAAGGUAGACGUCUAUGAUUGGGAUCGAGAUGGAAGACACGACUUCAUUGGAGAGUUCACAACCAGCUACAGAGAGCUGUCACGAGGGCAAAACCAGUUCAAUGUCUAUGAGGUUUUAAAUCCCAAGAAGAAAGGCAAGAAGAAGAAAUACAUCAAUUCUGGGACUGUAACUCUAUUGUCCUUCAAAGUGGAGUCUGAGUAUACCUUUGUGGAUUUCAUUCGAGGAGGGACACAGCUGAACUUCACCGUUGCGAUCGACUUCACAGCUUCUAAUGGUAACCCAUCCCAGCCCACAUCCCUCCACUAUAUGAGCCCCUACCAGAUGAAUGCAUAUGCCAUGGCCUUGAAGGCAGUGGGAGAGAUUAUCCAGGACUAUGACAGUGACAAGCUCUUUCCUGCCUACGGCUUUGGAGCUAAGCUGCCCCCUGACGGCAAAAUCUCCCACGCAUUCCCACUGAGUGGUGACAGUGACAAUCCAAACUGUGUGGGCAUAGAGGGAGUUCUGGAGGCCUAUUUUCAGAGCCUGAGGACAGUGCAGCUGUAUGGACCCACUAACUUUGCACCUGUUAUCAACAAAGUGGCAAACUGUGCAGCAGAGAUUACAGAUGGCUCUCAGUACUUUGUCCUGUUGAUGAUCACAGAUGGAGUGAUAUCUGACAUGGUCCAGACCAAAGAGGCUGUGGUCAAUGCAGCAUCACUCCCUCUGUCCAUUAUCAUCGUAGGUGUUGGGCCUGCUGAAUUUGAUGCAAUGGAGGAGCUGGAUGGAGACGAGGUGAGAGUAUCCUCCAGAGGACGUCUUGCUGAGAGAGACAUUGUUCAGUUUGUUCCAUUCAGAGACUACAUCGACAGAUCUGGCAACCAGGUCCUCAGCAUGGCCCGACUGGCAAAGGAUGUUCUCGCUGAAAUCCCCGACCAGCUGCUGUCUUUUAUGAAGAGCCGAGGAGUUGAACCGCGACCAGCCCUUUCCUCCUCCCCACUACCUGAGCUGCUCCACCAUAUCUGAACCUUAACAUAUUCUCUGUCUGUCAGUCCUGACUCUUUUACUCGGUCCUGCUAUUUCCUCCCUGUCUGCUUAUCUUUGCUUGCCUCUCUUGCAGUUAUUUGUCACUUUAUAGAAGCGAAAGACUGGACCUGCCGUUUGCCCUUCUUCCUCCCCUAUCACCGCAGAGACUAAAGAGAAACAUCCCAUCUAGUCAGCAGGUGUUCAUCCCUGACUCACCUGCUGCUGUAACUCAUAUUUUCCUCUUACCAUUAUUACUUUUCAAUGACUAUA